AUUAUAACUUUAUUCUUCUGUAGUUGUUUCCAAUUCUUCUGGAAUUUCGUGUGUCAUAGUAGUAUUGUUAAUAUUAGGUUGGUGUAAAUGAAAUGGCCGUUUUUCUUAUUUUAAACUUCUCACCUUUGUAGUUCACCUUUCUUCCUCGCCGACAGCGCUGUGUGUAUACUAUAUCAAAUGUACAUUUCCCGCGCGUGAAUUUGUAUACAUAAUCUGACUUUUUUAGUAGGAUAGUGGUUGUUGAAAUUCAUGUUUAUGUCAAGAUGGAAAAUAAGGAAAUUCGAAUAAUUUCUUUGUACGAGUUCAAACUUGGUCAUAGUGCGGCCCUGGUAACGUAAAAUAUUAAUACGGCUUUCGGCGAAGGUUCCGCGAAUGAAAGAAGAACGAGGCGUUGGUUUGAAAAGUUUCGAUCUGGAGACACAAACCUUGACAAUUUGCCUCGUGGACAUGCACCUUUCGUCAUUGAUGACACUAUUUUAAAGGACAUGAUCGAAGUGGAUCCGACAUUAACAGUUCGAGAGGUUGCAGAAAGGCUCAAUGUUCAUCACUCAACUGUCGUCAGACAUUUACGAAGGCUGGGAAAAGUGAAGAAGUUGGAUAAAUGGAUUCCCCAUGAAUUGACGGAGAGAGACAAAAUAAGACGUUUAGAAACCUGCAUUUCUUUGCUUUCCCGGCAUAAUAAUGAUGGAAUAUUGCACAGAAUUGUGACGUGCGAUGAAAAAUGGAUAUUAUAUGAUAACCGUCGACGAUCUGCACAGUGGCUGAAUGUGAAUGAGCCUCCAAAACGUAUGCCAAAGCCGAACCUUCAUCCCAAAAAGAUUAUGGUUUCAAUAUGGUGGUCAAGUAAGGGAAUCGUGCAUUAUUCAUUUAACAAACAAGGUGAGGCUAUAAACGCUGAUAAAUACUGUCAGGAAAUUGACGUUAUGUAUGCAAAUCUGUGCGCUCAACAGCCGGCAUUGGUCAAUAGACAUGGUGUAUUGUUACUUCACGAUAAUGCUAGGUCACACGUUGCAAAAAAGACCAUAAAAAAAUUAUUCGAGUUAAACAUCGAAGUUCUCCCUCAUCCUCCUUAUUCUCCAGAUAUUUCACCGACUGAUUAUCAUUUGUUCAAACAUUUGGAUGGGUUUCUAACUGGAAAAGUUUUCCAAGAAGAAAAGCGUGUAAAAGAUGCAUUCUAUGAGUUCAUCGGCUCUCGUUCUUCAGAUUUUUUUAAACAUGGUAUUGAUACACUUGUAUCACGUUGGAACAAAUGCAUUGAAAUAGAUGGAGACUAUUUUGAUUAAUAUAGUAAGUGUUAAGUUUGUCAAAUAAAGCUUUAAAGUUCAAAUUAAAAAACGGCCAUUUCAUUUGCACCAACUUAAUAUUAUCAAUUAAAGUUAUUCGAACAAAUCUUUCUAGCUUCAUAAAGUACGCGUUCACAAUUGGAUCCGGUCGGGGGUUCUGAAUUAAUUCAAUUUCCUCAAUAAAUUCUAUGUCGGAUUCAUCGCAGGUUAAAUUAAUAAUUUCCGAUUCCUCGGUAGUAGGUUGAGGUAAAGCUCCUGUUCCUGGAUCCUCAGUCUCGGCGGAUGUGUCGCCACUUCCAGAGGGGUUUUGAUGUGGAAAAUUGCUACUGGUGGGUGAUGGAGAUAAGGGCAGCUCUUUGCCCUCUGAUGAUGUCGAAGGAACCUGGUCGGUGCUUUGCUCGAGACGAUGGUCUGAUCUAUUAAGAUUCUUUAAAAAUUUCAGAUACUGUUCUUGGCGCAACCUUUGAAGAUAUUCAAUCCUCUCUCUUUUACGGCGUCCAGCCCUAUGGCGCCUUUUCUU